UCCCUGGUUACAGAAGCAAGCUCACUGUGGCGGCUGUUGAAGUGCAGGGCCGCGGUCGACAUGUUCCAGGGCAUGGACGGCCAAGUUGGCAGGUUGGGCUCCAGAUCCAUGAAGCCCCCUGGAGGAGAAUCGAGUGAUCUUUUUGGAAGUCUAGAAGAACGGAUUCCUUCAACACGCAAACCUAACAGAAUGGCAUCUAAUAUUUUUGGACCACCUGAAGAGCCUAAACAUAUACCCAAGAGGACAAAUCCUCCAGGGGGCAAAGGGAGUGGGAUUUUUGAUGAAUCAACUCCUGUAAAAACUCGCCAACGCCUGAAUCCACCCGGUGGGAAGACCAAUGACAUAUUUGGGUCCCCAAUCACUGCCACUGCGCCUCUGGCACACCCAAACAAGCCCAAGGAUCAUGUUUUGCUGUGUGAAGACUCUAAAUCUGACCGGAACACUGCAACAAAUGCUAUACCCAGAGGAGAGCAUGCAAAGAAACCAGACCCAACACCUACAGUUGACAGUCAUGAGCCCAGACUGGGACCAAGACCUCGCUCCCACAACAAAGUCCUGAACCCACCAGGAGGCAAAUCCAGCAUCUCCUUCUAUUGAGAGGUUCCUGCUCUGCCUGUAACUAGAUCCGAAUAGGGUAUUGAAUGUUAGUGUUUCCUUUAACCCGAAUGAGUUGGGGGUGGGAGAGGGUUUGUCAUGAAUGUGGGGUUGGCUGCUUGUAGGACUUGUUGUCAUUGGAAGAGCUUCCCAGAGGACUGUGCCUUCUAGAAUGCCAAGAUAUAAAUCUUCGGUGA